AUAGUACAUUAGACUUUUAUAAUUCUAGCUACGUAAAUAAUUCCUGGAGUUAAUAACCAAGUAUGCACAAUGUUGCAGAAAAAACACACCCCAUACAAAACUCACCUGGUUUCUGGUGAUGUUACUACCUCAAAGGCCAUCCCAGGCUCACUGCAGGGUUGGCUACAGUUCCUGAACUUUCUGAAUGAAUUGGGAACCAGUAAUUAACAACAAUUCUUAGUCAUGCAAACAUGAGACAACUUGGAGUUUCCUGCACUGACCCCAGGCAAAACAAAUGUUUUGCAAAUGUUUUGUUUUUGCAAAACAAAUGUUUUUGUGAAACACCCUCUGGUUUGAUUUUCUCUUUGGGUCUAGAGUUAUUCACACUGGAAACUCUGGGAGCAUGAUUCACACAGCAGCUUUAAGCAAACCCUUCUAAAGUGACCCAGCUAUGCUUUGAAAAGCUCUAGCAAUUAAUGACACCUGUAGGGAAUUCCUUCUAAAGCCCAGACUCUUGCAGAAAAACCCAUGGGAGGGCUGGGAAAAGGGAGCUACCUCAGAAUCAUCUCCUCAUGAGGGGUAGGGCAUUGCCUCCUGUGUAGUGGGCAGCUCGGUUCCCUCCCUCCCCCCCCCCGCACCGACCUGCCAAUGUCUUCAGCUGAGGGGGUACAUCCAAUACACACAUAGAGGCCCAGUGGCUUUGUGUGCCCCCUUAGUGCCCCCCUGAGUCCACCCUGGCAGCACACCUCCCCUCAGAAGACACGCUCUCAUUGGUUCCUUGCCUGUGCCAAGGGGGUUGAGAGCACAGAGCAGGAGCCCCUACCAGAUUCUGGCAGGUUUAGAGAAGGAUAAUGAGCAGCUUUCCCUUGGCCCAGAACUCCUCAAACCUACCUUGCAUUCCCCUGCCUCACAAGCCACUGAAGCCCAGAUUCUCAAAGGUAUAUAAGCUCCUAACUUUGCCUGAAAUCAAUAGAAGUUGGGAGCCUAAGUACCUUGGAGGAUGUGGGCCAACACACACAUGGCAGUUUCCUCAGUGUCAGAGAGAGGGGCCUCCGCCAGCGUUUGGGCCAAAGGAAUGGGUUUUCCUCUCCCAUCAUCAAAGGGCAGAAGGGAUGGUCUGGUCCAUGAUUUUUAACUGGACACUGUCGCUUUCAGUUUUAACACCGUGCUACACUAGCCUGCGGGGGCUGCAAGGCCUUGCUUUGCUGCACUGCGAGUGGAGCCAGCAGUCCAUGCCGAGCCAAGCUGAGCCGAGCCAUUCAGAGCUCAGCUCCCAACAGCUACAUGCCUAAACCCUGCUAGAUGCUGGCAGAGUCCUAAAGCCAGCAUGGUACUGAUAGACCAGCAUUGGGUCCAAAUGUCAAUGUGAAACAACAGAUUGGUGAGAAGACAUGUAGAUUUUUAUCACUUUAAGACAAGGGGGGAGGGUGUUCACUAAAUAAAAUGAAACUGGCUAUUACUCAGUGGGUGGAUUUUUUUAAUGGGUUCAGAACACUUAUUUCAACCCAAAUUAAAAAUAUAUCUAUAUUUUGGGCCAGACUCUGCUUGGAAAACUUGGAGGGUAAAUCUGGAAUAACUAGUAAAUUGACACCAUCCUGCCCCAACAGAACUCACUGGGGUCGCUGCACUGACUGGCAGGAUCUGUGCCCCGAGGGCAGCCCACCCAAGAGCAGAAUUUGACCCAGUGGCCCUUGGAGCUGUGCCCCUCAGGGAGGCUGAUGCUCAGUUACUCAGCUUCUUCACUUGGGGCAGUAACAGUUGGGGGAGGGGAGAGAAGGGAGUGGUUAGGUGGCUUUAAGCGACCUUUGAACCUCUUGUAUUCUGGGGUGACAUAGGGUCUGUUCAGCCCUCCACUGUGUGCUGUAACAGCCUUAAGGUCCCCUACGGGGCCAGGGAAACAGAGGAAAGCCAUAGUGCAGUGCAUCCUGGACAUGCCCCACACAGGGGCUAGAAGCAGGGCCAGGAAAGAGUCCCUAUGCCAGCUCCAAUCCAGCCAGGAAGUCCCCCUGCACAAGAAAUAUUCUCAGGGGGCCACAUAUGCCCAUUUUGUGGUCCUUUUACACAGCCAGAGCAGCACAAAGGGGCUUUACUAUAUCUGAGCAUCAGCCCCCGGAAGCACAUGUGAGGACGUAUAGCUUGGGUUGGGGGGAAAAGGUAGAUAAGUGGGACUAUUGGCCUGAGCGAGCAUUUGGAGGAUUAAGGCCACAAUCAGACCUAGGUUAGAUCUGAGGCUGUGAUAAGCAGAAUGCCCCCGGUGGAGCUAUAGACCCCUCCAUGGAACAUAUAUUCAUGGAGGGAGGAGGGCUUUGAGGUGCCACUGAGCCACCAGAGAACUCAGGGGAUUCUAGCAAGAGACUCCUGAUGCCAGGAAAGUCACAACACCCUCCCACUCAAUUCCCCCCAUUCCCUGGAAAUGUUCAUUCAGAUUUGGGGAAUUCUGGCUUCUGAUGACUCUCCCAAGGCCCUCUCAGGAGGCAGAUGUGAGCCUGCUCCUACGGAAGGGGAAGUUUUGCCUGCUUUUAGCAUGCUUUCUCUGUCCCCUCAGUUCUCCCGGGGGGGUUCAGCACAGAGGCAGUGAUAUGGGGCAGGGCAGAACUGGCUCAUGCAAACUUUUCCCCGUCCCAAAACUGUGGGCAGAAACAGUGGAAGUUAAUAUUGCCUGAACCUUUCCUUCCAUACUGUAGAACCUCCCCAGUGAAGGAUCCCAGAGAAUCCAUGGCACUUGGAUUGGCAAAACUGGGGAGUUCAGAGCUGGUGUACAGCCAUUGGCCUCUGGUGCAUCCUCCAAGAUCCAAGCUGGUCUGGAAAGAUGGUUGGUUCUGCAGGCCAAAUCCAAAGGCAGGAGAGGCAACUCCGACCCUCCACUCCUAAUGGAAAAAUUCAAGGGAACUCCACAAGCUGAAACUCUUUGAGGCUCAUAGUUUUUGUUUGGAUUUGUGGUAUCCCAGUGAAACUUCACCCUUGGGCACAGUGGUAUUUAUUUGUUUCCAAACUAUGGACCCCAGAAAUACCUCUUGAAGUAAUUACAAACAUCAGCAUCCCCAGAGCCCAGGCACUGAUGGAAAAUAGAGUGCUGAAUUAUGCUGGGCUCAGAACCCAAAGAAAUUCCACUGAACCACUGGAAUGGCCCUUGUUUAAAGUUGGUGUAAGUGAGAUCAGAAUUGGGCCUUCUGAGUGCAGGCAGCAUAGAUCAUUCAUAUGCUAAGGAUCAGUGCACCUUAAAUAUUGCUUAGUGGGAGGUGACACUUUAUUAACAACCACCCACCAACUCCCCCACGCCCUAGGGAAACGCAAGAGAAGACCCAUACAUCGAAGAAAUGAACAAGUGCUUGGGUUUGAUUACAGUUUCAAUGCAAUACUAGAAAUAUUAGAAGACUCCCGAAGAGACCUGAAGCUCUGUUAAAUCCAUGGCUUAUUUUCCUUGGCUGCCUAUUUCCAGCCAAUAGAUCUGCUUUGCCUUCCACUUGGCUAUUUUCACUAUUUUAUACCCAUUUGCAUCAAGCCACUAAUCCUCGCUCCGCAAUUAAAAAAAACCCCAACCCAGGCACAUAGCAGAUUUGGGAUGUUUGUCAAUUAAAGAGCUUGUUUGGAGGAAAACGCCUGGGGGGAAGGGAGGUUAGUUUCCUGGGGGGGGGGGGGGGGUCGUUCCCUGCAGUGCGUUUAUUUAGGGUGCUGAAACGAACAUACCUCCCCCCUCUUUUUAGUGGCUGCAGAAGCCUCGCUCCCCCACCCCUCUCCCCAGAGUCUCAAUUGGAGGCGUGGCUGCAAGCACAGCCCCGACAUCCUCCCCUCUAUAUAGGCUGCAGCUGGGAGCGCUCCCUGUGAAUCGGGCUUUGUGCGGCGGCAGAGGGGGGCCGGGGGGGACGCGCGGUCCAGGCGAACAAAGGCCGGGGGGAGGCAGGAAGCGGGAGGCGUGGAGAAAACCCAGGCCAGCCACCGCCACCCCCUGUUGUCGCGCGUUCGCUCUCUCUCGCUGCAGCCCAGCCGGCUCCUGCAGCCCCAGCAGCUCCGCUUCCCCCCCCCGCGUCGCUGCGCCAGCAUGACCGCCAACGGGACCUCGGCGCCGCUCCAGAUCCAGUUCGGGCUCAUCAACUGCGGCAACAAGUACCUGACGGCCGAGGCCUUCGGCUUCAAGGUGAACGCCUCGGCGCCCAGCAUGAAGAAGAAGCAGAUCUGGACGCUGGAGCAGGACGGCGACGACUCCAACGUGGUCUUCCUGAAGAGCCACCUGGGCCGCUACCUGGCGGCCGACAAGGACGGCAACGUGAGCUGCGAUCGGGAGCAGCCGGCCGCCGACUGCCGCUUUGUCAUCCUGGCCCACGACGACGGGCGCUGGUCGCUGCAGUCCGAGCCCCACAAGCGCUACUUCGGCGGCACCGAGGACCGCAUCUCCUGCUUCGCCCAGGCCGUGUCGGCGGCCGAGAAGUGGAGCGUGCACAUCGCCAUGCACCCGCAGGUGAACAUCUACAGCCUCACCAGGAAGCGCUACGCCCAUCUGAGCGCCAAGCAGGAGGAGAUGGCGGUGGACCGCGACGUGCCCUGGGGGGUGGACUCCCUCAUCACCCUGGUCUUCCAGGACCAGCGCUACAGCGUCCAGACCUGCGACCACCGCUUCCUCCGCCACGACGGCCGGCUGGUGGAGAAGCCCGAGAAGGGCACCGGCUACACCCUGGAGUUCAGGUCCGGCAAGGUGGCCUUCCGGGACGGCGAGGGACGCUACCUGGCCCCCUCCGGGCCCAGCGGCACCCUCAAGGCCGGCAAGAGCACCAAGGUGGGCAAGGACGAGCUCUUCGUGCUGGAGCAGAGCUGCCCCCAGGUGGUCCUGAGAGCCGGCAACGAGAGGAACGUGUCCACCAGGCAAGGGAUGGACCUUUCAGCCAAUCAGGAUGAGGAGAGUGACCAAGAAACCUUCCAACUGGAGAUUAACAAGGACACCAAGAAGUGUGCCUUCAGGACCUAUACUGGGAAAUACUGGACCCUCACCUCCAAUGGUGGGAUACAGUCCACUGCCUCAGCGAAGAACGCCAGCUGCUACUUUGACAUCGAAUGGUGCGACAAGCGCAUCACCCUGAAGGCUGCGAAUGGCAAGUAUGUCACGGCCAAGAAGAACGGGCAGCUCGCAGCCACUGUUGAGGCAGCAGGUGAGACAGAACACUUCCUGAUGAAGCUGAUUAACAGGCCAAUCAUUGUCCUUCGUGGGGAACACGGUUUCAUUGGCUGCCGCAAGGUGACUGGGACCCUGGACUGCAAUCGUUCCUCCUAUGAUGUCUUUCAACUGGAGUUCAAUGAUGGUGCAUACAAUAUCAAAGAUUCCACUGGGAAAUACUGGAUGGUGGGAAAUGAGUCCUCUGUCACCAGCAGCAGCGAUACGCCCGUGGACUUCUUCUUCGAGUUCUGCGAUUAUAACAAAGUGGCUAUCAAAACCAACGGCAAAUACCUGAAGGGUGACCAUGCUGGUGUCCUCAAGGCUUCUACCGAUGCAAUCGACCCCUCCACCCUCUGGGAAUAUUAAAUGCACUUUAGCUUCCCCCUUGCCAAAUUUUUUGUUUUGUUUUUUUUUGGUUUCUUUUUUCUCUGUAAAAGGAUUUUCAGACUGGCUUGCUGCUCCCUCCUGCCAUAGAAGCCAACCCAAUUUGUUGGAGGUUGGUCUUCUUUAUCUCUCUUAACUGGAUAGUGACCUAGGGAAAAUGCAACCUGUCUAUAGAGCUAGUGGGGUCUUUCCUUGGGUUUGUGUUGGGCUUUGAAAUGGUAGUUGCCAUCCUCCACCCUGGCUCUGAGCAUCACCUCUGUUGUCCUCUUCCCCUAAAACUAAAGGGAAUAAGAUCACCUCUGCUCUCUUGUGCCAUAUUGGAGUGCUGGCACCAUAUCUCAAUCUCUGCCAAUGCCCAUGCCCAUGUUGCUGUCAAGCAAGGGCUAGCUUGCACAAAGCUGGAGAAUCUGAGUGCCAGCAUCCCACACUCCUGGUAUUUGCUCAGACCAAGGGAGGUGAGAUGGGUUAUGUUAAUCUGUCUCUAUGAUUAAAUGUGUUCUCCAUAGCUCCCAGCAUGGGAAGAAACUUUCUCCCCACUUGGUUUAUGAAGGAGAAAUAUUUUCAGUUCCUAGUGGGGGCAGAAGAGGUGAUCCAGCAGAUCAUACCCAGCCCAUCGAGGGGCUGGCUUCAGCCAGCAAAACAGAACUCAGCUGCAGGACUAGCAAGCUUAACUCUCAAAACUGGAAAGACAUGCAGGGGGUUCAUCUAGAAACUCUCCUAAGGCCAAUCAGUCUAGAAGGCUUCAGACUCCCAGCUCCAUCCGUGGGAUUCCCCUUGUGCCCCAUGUGUGCUUCUAAGUGUCAAAGGAGCAUCUUGGAGCCUGUCUCAGCAGGUUCUAGCACAUCUCACUCAGAUGUGCACCUGAGAGGCUAAUGAAGCUGCCUUAGUGCUAAUCCUAGACUUUUUUGGAAGGGGACAGGCUCUUUGAAUUGAUACAGAUACUGUAGCUGGACACAUUGAGUGAAAUUGGUAGCAACCCUCUGGCUCACCUCUGUGUGCAACUGGGGAAGACUUCCUCUACAAAAAACUUCUGCCAGCCAGGCUGGUAAUUUGAUUUCCCUGUGGCUGUUUAAAAGGGGUAGUAGAAUUUGAACAGGGUGGGCAUACCUGCCUAUUGGUUAGCAAGGGUUAGGUCUUACAAGGGUUCUGACCCGCCUCCUCUCCGUGCCUUCAGGAGGAGUCAAGUGAGUCUGGCACACAGCGGGACUGCCCCACCAGCUGCCAUAUCUCAGUGGGUUUUUACCCAACAACCAAGUCUCCUGGGCUACAGGAGCAGUGGGAGGAGAGGAGCAGUGUAAACUAGCUGAUAUUUCUCAUUCCCUGGACAGUGGCUGGAAGCAAAAAUUGCAGAUCUCAGUUUAGAAUAGAAAACUCGUUAGCAACUUUUGCACAGUGGUAUUUGUUCACUUCUUAUCUCAUACCCUACUGGAAUCUUAAAAUCCUCACCACAGAACAGUGUGGUGGCAAAGUGUAAAAUGCCCAUUUCUAGUGUAUAGGUCUGAUAAAGCUAUCUCCUCUCUGCCACCCCAGGGGGGAGGAGGACUAGUCAGUAUCUCUGACCCAAGUGCCAACUCUGCAUUGAUGGCAUGAAAACUUAACAACAUUACUGGAAGCAGAAAGGACCAAAACAGUAUUUUUAAUGUCUAUUUAUAUAUGCUCUCCAUAGCGCUAUUAUCAGCUGUUGUCUGCAUUAGAGUUCUAACAAUGUGUGCAUUUGUAAUAGGUAAUGCUAAACCUCUCUUUAGGGUAUCAGAAGGCACUUUGCCCUUUGAGGCUUUUCCAAGGGUGGCAUUCUACUCCCUGUGACCACCUAAAUAGCCUACCUUUUUGUACUUGGCCAACCAGAUGUCCCAGUUUGAGCCUGUACCGAUUUUUUGGGGGGGUGGGGGAGAACAGGUGGAUGUAUUCCAGAUAAAGGUGCUGCAUCACAGCCAUGGGUUGUGUUCCAGUGGCUGGCUCCCAUGGGUCAGUCCACAUCUCCAUGCCUUGCUAAGCUGUAAACCAUGCAUGGUGCUUGUGGCUUCACAUCUGUGCCAAAACAAAGGGCCACUACUAGUGGCCGGCGGCAAGGUAGGGGAGAGGGGUUCAUAAGCCUUAAAGCCACAUUGCCAUUAUAUGGGUCCUUCCUAUAGGAGCUUGGUGCUAAACUCUCUAUUCAGAGAGCAACUGGCACCCCUAAUCUGAGUGGGGAUGAGAUGGGCUCCCUACCAUCAUCUCUGCUCCUGUUGUGAUGUCAGGACUCUACCUCUGGGUUCAUCUACCUUCUCUCAAAUUCAGGGGUGAUCUGUCAUUCUUGUCGGUGUUUAAACCACAAUCUGCUCUAGGGACAAAGAUGCCUCUAAAGAAACAGGUGGCCUGCUGAAAUCCUGAACGAUCCUGUGACUUGGCACAUAAUGCUUGCUGGCUUUCGCAUCCACUGUGGCCCUUUUCUCCCCACUCCUAGCUGCAGUUUGAACCAUGUAACUCCUGCUCUGGCUUCUUCCAUGUGACAAUAGGUCAAGAAUUUUUCAGUCUCCUUUAUCGGGUGUCGUGGCUUUGAAAACAUCUCACUCUGAAAUUUUGUUAACAGUUUUGGUUUUUUUAUGUUUUGUAAGUGCCAUUUGUAUAACUUAAAUAGCUUCAAGUGGAGAAAGACCAAUAAAAACCUGCAUUUGGAAACAAGAAAA